AUGGCCUCGCCAGCGAUGGUCCCGCUGCGGCAGCUCUUCGUCGACGGCGAGUGGCGCCCGCCCGCGCAGGGCCGCCGCCUCCCCGUCGUCAACCCCCACCACCGAGGCCCACAUCGUAGUACUAGUUUGUUGCUUGGCGUGGCGCUGAUUCUGGGUUUCGCGCGCGCCGCAGGCGAGAUCCCAGCGGGCACGGCGGAGGACGUGGAUGCCGCGGUGGCGGCGGCGCUCAAGAGGAACCGCGGCCGCGACUGGGCGCGCGCGCCGGGGGCCGUCCGGGCCAAGUACCUCCGCGCCAUCGCCGCCAAGGUAAUUGAGAGGAAACCUGAGCUAGCUAAGCUAGAGACACUUGAUUGUGGGAAGCCUUAUGAUGAAGCCGCAUGGGACAUGGAUGAUGUUGCUGGGUGCUUUGAGUACUUUGCGGAUCAGGCAGAAGCCUUGGACAAAAGGCAAAAUUCCCCAGUUUCUCUUCCAAUGGAAACUUUUAAAUGCCAUCUCCGAAGAGAGCCUAUUGGGGUAGUUGGGCUGAUAACUCCUUGGAACUAUCCUCUCCUGAUGGCUACAUGGAAGGUAGCUCCUGCUCUGGCUGCUGGUUGUACAGCUGUGCUAAAGCCAUCUGAAUUGGCUUCUGUGACUUGCUUAGAGCUUGCUGAUAUCUGUAAAGAAGUCGGUCUUCCUUCCGGUGUCUUGAACAUUGUGACAGGAUUAGGUCCUGAUGCUGGUGCUCCUUUGUCAGCGCACCCAGAUGUUGACAAGGUCGCUUUUACUGGGAGUUUUGAAACUGGUAAGAAGAUUAUGGCGGCUGCUGCUCCUAUGGUCAAGCCUGUUACACUGGAACUUGGUGGAAAAAGUCCUAUAGUAGUAUUUGAUGAUGUUGACAUCGACAAAGCUGUUGAGUGGACUCUGUUUGGGUGCUUUUGGACCAAUGGUCAGAUUUGCAGUGCAACAUCUCGUCUUCUUAUCCAUACAAAAAUUGCUAAAGAAUUUAAUGAGAGGAUGGUUGCAUGGGCCAAAAAUAUUAAGGUUUCGGAUCCACUUGAAGAGGGUUGCAGGCUUGGGCCAGUUCUUAGUGAAGGACAGUAUGAGAAGAUUAAGAAGUUCAUAUCGAAUGCCAAAAGCGAAGGUGCUACUAUUCUGACUGGAGGUGUUAGACCGGCGCAUCUUGAGAAGGGGUUCUUUAUUGAACCAACAAUUAUUACUGAUAUCACCACAUCAAUGGAAAUUUGGAGGGAGGAAGUCUUUGGUCCAGUCCUGUGUGUUAAAGAAUUUAGCACUGAAGAUGAAGCCAUUGAACUGGCCAACGAUACACAGUAUGGUUUGGCUGGUGCUGUAAUUUCUGGUGAUCGUGAGCGCUGCCAGAGAUUAUCUGAGGAGAUCAACGCUGGAUUAAUCUGGGUAAACUGCUCACAACCCUGCUUCUGCCAAGCACCCUGGGGCGGGAACAAGCGCAGUGGAUUUGGACGUGAGCUUGGAGAAGGGGGCAUUGAUAACUACCUGAGCGUCAAGCAAGUCACGGAAUACAUCUCUGAUGAGCCGUGGGGAUGGUACCAAUCCCCCUCCAAGCUGUAA